CGAAAUCCAUCGCGGCUUUCUCAUAAUUUUGAAGCAAUAAUUCUAAGCUCUCAGCAAAAAAGGAGGGUUCGAGUACAAUUAUCUCAUGAAUUCAUAGAUUCCCAAGUCAGCUAGUCAGACGAAGUUUUUGUCACUACUCAACGAUUGUCGCAGCCAUGGUUUAUUAUUUCACCUCGAACGUCGUUGAGCCCUCGGCUUAUAUUUAUGUGGGCAAAGACAAAUUCGAAAAUGAGGACCUCAUUAAGCAUGGCUGGGAAGAGGAUUUUCACGCCGAUAAGCUCUCAAGUGCACAUAUCUACUUGAGGCUGCGCGAGGGCGAGACAUGGGACAAUAUCCCAGAAGCUCUCGUAACAGACCUGGCACAGUUGACCAAGGCGAACUCGAUCGAGGGAAACAAAAAGGACAAUGUUACCGUCAUCUAUACACCAUGGUCAAACCUCCAUAAGGAUGGGAGCAUGGCUGUUGGACAGGUCGGUUUCAAGGACCAAAAGAAGGUCAAGAGGGUCCUGGUCCCGCAGCGGGAGAACCCCAUCGUGAACAGGCUCAACAAGACCAAAGUCGAGAAGCAUCCGGAUCUGAGGCAGGAGAAAGAGGAUCACCUCAAGGAGCUCAGGAAGGGACAACAAGCUGCACAACAAGAGAGGAAAAAGGAAGAGGCUAGGAUCGCCAGGGAGAGAAAGGAAAAGAAGUACCAAAAGGACCACGCCUACGACGACAUAUUUGCCGAGGAGAACAUGGAAGCAUCGAGCAACCAAAACAGGUCCGAGGACUGGGAGGAUGACUUUAUGUGAUUAGCUCAAAUUGCAUUCUCGAUGGGUGAGAGAGUCGACACUCGACAGGACCGUGUAUCAUGCGUUGGUUUUUGACUUGGAAGCGCCAAUCCAUUGACAUGGUAAUACUGCAGCUCAGCGAAAACCAGCGAUAAACGUCGGGUUUUUGAUCAAUUCGAUAUGUCUCGGUACACAUUUCUUUGACUGCAAAAAACCCCUUUUAAAAGACCCGCCUGUAACCCCCGCAUCCAAGCCCAAUAGGGUAUCCUGCCGUUUCGUGAAUAAGUACAUGUAUGUAGGUAGGUAGGUAGGUACCUACUCACUCUGACGUGCA